AUGUCGGGGACUGAGGAGGAUGCGGCGGGGGCGAGUGCCGCCUUUGAGCGGUGCAACAGCAGCAGCGGCAGCAGCGCCGCAGUCGCUGCGCCUGGCCCCUGGCCCGUUCGCGAAGAACCGCCCUCCGCCUCUCUGCCUGCCUCUCUGCCUGCCUCCCUGCCUCCCUCCCUGCCUCCCUCUCUGCCUGCCUCUCUGUCUUCCUCGCUCUCUUCGUCUCUCGCUUCCUCCACCGCUGAGGCGCACGCGCCUUCCGGACUCUCGGCUGGGUCGUCCUUUGUGCUCGACGCGGGCUUUGGGACGGGCGGGUCGGUGGCUGCGUCGCCUUCUCCGCAUUUCUGGUCGAGGCCGAGCACCUCCGCGAACGCGCCGGGGCCGCGCGCCGCGCACUCGUGCGACGUGAUUGGGACAAAGAUGUUCAUCUUUGGGGGCUGGAACGGGAAGUUCGCGCUGAACGACUUGUACAUCCUGGAUGUCCAGUCGCUGCGCUGGACCCGCGUCGAGCAAGACGCCAGCGCGCUGCCCGAGGCGCGAAACAACCACACGACGACCGCCGUGGGAGACAGGAUCUUUGUCCACGGCGGACACGACGGCGCGCAGUGGUUGGCUGACCUCCACGUGCUCGACACCACGCCGGCGCACAUGGGGCGCCACCGGGGCCUCUCCUGGUCGUCUCCGCCCGUGAGCGGCCGCCGGCCGAGCGCCCGCGCCUGCCAUUCGCUCACCCGCGUCAACGAGAAGCUGUACAUGUUUGGAGGCUACGACGGCGCAAACUGCUUCCAAGACAUCGACAUCCUCGAUCUGGACACCAUGGCCUGGAUCCAACCCGCAGUCUCCGGAGAGAAACCGCAGGCGAGGAACGCACACACCAUGACUGUCGUCGACCGCAAGCUCGUCCUCUUCGGCGGGCACAGCGGAAACACCCACUUAACCGAUCUCCACGUCUUCGACACCGCGACACUCACCUGGACCAAGCCCGAGAUCAGCGGUACACCGCCUCCGGGGUUGCGCGGGCACACAGCGAAUUUGAUUGGACACAAGAUCUUCUUGUUUGGGGGCUACGACGGGAAACGGCGGACGAACGAGAUCUACAUUUUGGACACGAAGGCGCGCGCGUGGCUGAUGAUCUCGAACGCAGCCUCGUCUUCAGUGUGCGACAAGAACGCGCCGCCGUCGGGGCGUCAGCGGCACAGCGCGGCACUCGUGGGAAAUCGCAAGUUGUUUGUUUUCGGCGGCUUCGACGGGAACAAGUGGCUGAACGACUUGCACGUGCUGGACGCGAGUCGGUUCGAGGAGGAUGCGCUGAACGACUCGGCCGUUCGUCAACUCGUGGAGAACCUGCGGUCGCUCGUCAACUGUCCCGACUUCUCAGACGUGGUCCUGGUCGUCGAGGGCCGAGACAUCCACGCCCACAAAAACAUCCUGGCGGCCAACUGCGAGUACUUCCGCCAAAUGUUUCUCGGCAACAUGCUCGAAAGCAAACAGAGCAAAGUAGUCAUCCCCGGCUGGUCCUACGACGCGUACAUCGCCAUGAUCGAGUUCCUCUACACCGGAAAACUCUCGGAAGCGCGAACCCACGUCGUGUGCGAGGUGAUGGGGCUGGCAGAUCACUACACACUGUUCACGCUCAAGUCGUACAGCGAGAACGUCUUGACUGCACUCGUGGACACGGACACCGUCUGUCCGUUGCUGAAGAGUGCGGAGACGUAUCAGGCUCGGAAUUUGAAGCGCUACUGCCUGGAUUUUGUCUUCCGGCACGCGGACCAAAUCAUGAACACCCCGGCGUUCGAUGAACUCGAAGCGAUCCCCUCGCUUGUCAUGGAAAUCGCGAAAAUGAGUCUCUUGAAGAGCCGAAAAGGUGGCGCCGGAGGCAAGGGCACAGGCUCCGACAGCGGCGGAGUCGACAACGAACAAAAACGCGAAAGUUCAAAUUCCUCAAGAUGA